AUGGGUCUUCAGUUCGAGCAACGUUCCGCGCACUUCGCCCGUUUUACGGUCGCGAUGAUCGUCCUGCCGAGUCGACUAUCCGUCGAUUGGUGGACAAAUUCGAGUCAACCGGGUCAGUUAAAAAUCAGCCGGUUCCCGUGCGUUAAUGUAACGCGAGAUCUGCCGAGAAUAUCGCCGCUGUGCGCGACAGAACUCGGCCUCGGUUGUUACUUGAGCCUGCACCCGUACAAGAUCCAGCUGACCCAAGAGCUCAAGGUUAAUGACCAUAGACAGCGCCGUGUGUUCGCUGACUGGGCAUUAGAGCAGUUGGAAGUUGACGCCGAUUUUGGCAAAAAAAUCAUCUUCAGCGACGAGGCGCAUUUUUGGAUGAAUGGCUAUGUCAACAAGCAAAAUUGCCGUAUUUGGGACGAGACCAAUCCACACGAGGUUCACCAAGUGGCAAUGCACCCGCAGAAAGUGACUGUUUGGUGCGGAUUUUGGGCCGGAGGCGUGAUUGGUCCGUAUUUUUUCGAAAACGAUAAUGGUGUGGCCGUCACCGUCAAUGGACGGCGCUACGUGCCACACAGCACACGCUACGAUGGAAGUUCUGCACGAGCAAUUUCUGGACAUGGUCAUCUCGCGCGGAGGCGACGUGAACUGGCCACCGAGAUCGUGCGAUUUGACCCCGCUGGACUUUUUCUUGUGGGGUUUUCUUAAGUCGCAGGUCUAUGCCAACAAGCCGCAAACCACCGAUGCCCUCAAAGUCAACAUACGCCACGCCAUCGAUCAAAUACAGCCCGAUUUGUGCGCCAGAGUCAUCGAAAAUUGGACCUUUCGUGUGCGCGCCACCAACCGAAGCCGUGGCGGUCAUUUGAAUGAUGUCAUAUUCCAUACAUAAUGGGGUCGAUAGACCUUCCAAAUAAAAAA